CGCCCUCGCCCUGCCUGCGCGCCGGGCCGGCCCCGCUCGGCCGUUGUUGGAUGUGGGAGAGGAUGGAGGCCAAGACGGUGGUCUACGACCUGGACACGUCCGGGGGGGUGAUGGAGCAAAUCCAGGCGCUGCUGGCGCCUCCCCGGGGCGACGACGGCGGCGGCGGCGGCGAGAAGCGGAGCCGCCGGCCCGAGCGCGAGCAGCGGCGGAGCGGGCGCGCCACCAACCACGACAGCUGCGACAGCUGCAAGGAAGGCGGGGACCUGCUCUGCUGCGACCACUGCCCCGCCGCCUUCCACCUCCAGUGCUGUAAUCCUCCACUGAGCGAGGAGAUGCUUCCCCCCGGGGAGUGGAUGUGCCACCGCUGCACCGUGCGCAGAAAGAAGAGGGAGCAGAAGAAGGAGCUGGGCCACGUCAACGGCUUGGUGGAGAAGUCCGGGAAGAGGACCGCGUCCCCCUCCGGCGAUGCCGACUACCUGGACCGGUCGGGCAGCGGCAGCCUCCGGGCGCUCUCCCACACCCGGCUCCUGGAGCGCAGAGCCAGCCGGCCCGGGACGCCCACGUCCAACGCCAGCACGGAGACGCCCACCUCGGAGCAGAACGACGUCGACGAGGACAUCGUGGACGUGGACGACGACGCCACGCCUGCCACUGACCCCGAUGGCGGGCAGCCCCACCUGAAGCGGCCCUUCGAGCUGCUCAUCGCCGCCGCCAUGGAGAGGAACCCAACGCAGUUCCAGCUGCCCAACGAGCUGACCUGCACCACGGCGCUGCCAGGCACCAGCAAGAGGAGGAGGAAGGAGGAGACGACCGGGAAGAACGUGAAGAGGGCCCAGCACGAGCUGGACCACAACGGGCUGGUCCCCUUGCCGGUGAAAGUCUGCUUCACCUGCAGCAGGAGCUGCCGCGUGGCCCCCCUCAUCCAGUGCGAUUACUGCCCGCUCCUGUUCCACAUGGACUGCCUCCAGCCGCCCCUGACGGCCAUGCCCCUGGGCCGCUGGAUGUGCCCGAACCACAUCGCGCACGUGGUGCUGAACCAGAAGAACAUGACGCUGAGCAACCGGUGCCGCGUCUUCGACCGCUUCCAGGACGCCAUCUCCCAGCACGUGGUCAAGGUGGACUUCCUGAACCGCAUCCACAAGAAGCACCCUCCCAACCGCCGCGUGACGCAGGCGACGAAGCGGAAGGGGCUGCAGGUGCCCGACGCGAUAAAGUCCCAGUACCGGCUCCCGCCCCCCCUGCUGGCUCCCGCGGCCAUCAGAGACGGAGAGCUGAUCUGCAACGGGGUCCCCGAGGAGCCCUCGCAGAAGCACCUUUGCCGCCCAGAGCACUUGGCCACGCCGGCGGAACAGCAAGAGUGGCUGUGCAGCGUCGUCGCCCUGCAGUGCAGCAUCCUCAAGCAUUUGUCUGCGAAGCAGAUGCCCUCCCCGUGGGACUCGGAAAAGGCGGACGUGAAGCCGGCGCUCGUGGCCGACGGCUCCCUGGCCGGCUCGUACCCGGCCGCCGACAAGGCCGGCGUCCCCUCCGUCUGCUCGGUCACCUGCACCGCGGGGCUCGCCCCCCAGAACUCCUUGCAGGAGGACGCCCACUACCCCCCUUGUACGGACAGGCCCAAGAACGCGUCCCCCUGCGGAACGUCCAACGGGCCCAGCGCCGCCGCGGAGGUGAAGAUCAACGGCCCCCACUUCUACGGCGACGCCGCGGCACACUUGACUGACCCCCCCCGGCCGGGCGGCCCGGGCAGCUCGGUCGCGGCGCUGUCCCACCGGCAGCAGCCCUGGCCGCGGCCCACCACCCCCCCGGCCGCGUGCGGGCUCCUCAACCACCUGACGGGGGCGGUGGUGAAGACGGAGAACGCGGCGGGGCCCGUCCCGUGCACGCACCGGGGCUCCGCGCCGGCCACGGGCAUGCCGGCCUCGCUCCCGGGCGCGUGCGCCGGCCUGGAGGCCGCCGGCACGUUCCAGCGGAAGACCCCGCAGGCCCAGAUGGGGGCCCUGCUGGCGGCCGACCUGGGGGCGAUGGACUCCCCUCCCACAGCCACGCGCGCCCUCACCCCUCCCCAGGCCGCCGUGGGCGACGGGGUCUCGGCCACCGGAGCGCCGCACGGCUUCUGCUCGCCAGCACCACCUCCAGAUGGUAAGGGGAGCCCGGGCCCCAUCUACAUAGGAAGCAUUUUGGCACCCCCCUCGUUCCUCCUGUCCAGCGCUUCCGCCACGGUGGAUGCCGCAGGUUCCACGAAGACGUUGAUGGACGGCAGCGGCGAGAUUGAGAUCAACCUGCUGGACGAGAAGCUGAUCAAGUUCCUGGCUCUGCAGAGAAUACACCAGCUGUUCCCGUCCAAAGCACAGCCCUUCGCAGGCAGCGCCGGGGCCCAGCAGCCCGGUCCGGGGCGCGGCCCUGCUGAAGGGCCCAGGAAGCAGGUGCAGGCCCGGGCCGUCUUCUACCCUCUGCUGGGGCUGGGCAGUGCCGUGAACAUGUGCUACCGGACGCUCUACAUCGGGACAGGAGCGGACAUGGACGUGUGCCUUACGAACUACGGCCACUGCAACUACGUGUCGGGGAAGCACGCGUGCAUCUUCUACGACGAGAACACCAAGCAUUACGAGCUGCUGAACUACAGCGAGCACGGCACCACCGUGGACAACGUCCUGUACUCGUGCGACUUCUCGGAGAAGGCUGCCCUCGCCCCUCCCAGCAGCUUGGUUGCCAAAGUACAGAGCGUGAUCAAGCGCCACAAGAGCCGGAAGCAGCCGGAGGAGGAGCAGCCCGGCGCGGAGGCCGCGGUGAUGAGGGCCCAGGCGCAGGGGCCGCCGCCGAGGCCCUGCGGCUGCAAGGCCAGCAGCUCCAGCCUGAUCGGGGGCAGCGGCGCCGGCUGGGAGGGGACCGCCCUGCUGCACCACGGCAGCUACAUCAAGCUGGGCUGCCUGCAGUUCGUCUUCAGCAUCACGGAGUUCGCGACCAAACAGCCCCGAGGGGACGCCGCCGCCGCCCUGGCGCAGGACACGGACUUGGAGGAGAAGCCGUCCCCCAAGGCCCACCAGGUCCCGGUGCUGCGCUCCAACUCGGUGCCCUAGAGCGGGGGGCCGGGCCGGGCCGGGCCGGGCGCCUCCGGAGAGCGAGGGACGCACGCCGCGCCCGUCUGGACACCCCCCCCCCAAAGUGGGCCGCAGACUGUUGACGCCCUUUGCAUGAAGUGAAGAACUUUACUUUUUUUUAUGGUUUGCUCAAGUUUUAGGGGCAUUUGCACAUAUAUUUGUAUUAUACAUUUCAUUUACAAACAAAAAGGAAACUGCAGCUCGAGGGCGCUCCGCCCGGCCAGGCGCUCCCUUGCAGUUGUAAAAUAAUCAAAACCUUGUUCUAUUUUGUGCCAGUGACAAUAGUUUUUAUAUUAAAAAAAGAGAGAAAUACAGUUUUCAUACAGCAAAAACUAUUCAAUGAUCAUGGUUUUAUUUAAUGUAAAGAUGCGCUACAUGCAGCUUCCUUCCUUCCUUCCUUCCUUCCUUCCUUCCUGCCUUCCUUCCUUCCUCCUUCCUUCCUUCCCUCCCACCCCUCCUGCGCCUCUUCCUUCCCCACUGCAAGUCGCACUCGGUAUAUUGUGGGCAGUGGGAGCACGCGCUUAAUUCCUGCUCUCCGUCCUGUUUUCAGAUAAUGAAGAAGUAUUUGGGGUUCUGUGUAAAUACCUCCUCCGACGGCCACCCUCCCGUGUUUUUUAAGCUGUGUACAGUGCUCCAUGUGGUAUGAUGUUGCCUCCAGUUGUCCUGUUGUAGCAAAGCGUUUCUUUGUCGUAAGCCCGGUUUUCGUCCUCCUGUCCCGACACCUCCCUCCCCUCCCUCGCCCCCCCCGCCGCCCCAUUCUCAGCUAAGUUCUGAUGUACAGAAGUAAUUGCGAUGUUCUAGGCUUUACAGAAACUUUUUUUUCCUGUAUUCUGUAUAUAAAACAGCAAACCACGGCCGCUGGCUGGUGUCCGCCUGUCUGUCGAGACUCUGGAACUCCCUGCCUCAGCGGCAAAGGAAGCCCCGCACGCCGGGCUCUCCGGCGGAGGGGUUCCCAGGGCUGGCACCCCCAGGGUCAAGAGUUUCUCCUUCACCAUGUGAAGAUUCGGCUCCCAGCGGUCUCCGAGGACUGCCCACCCGUGCUCGCUCCUCUCUCUCCUCCCGCCCCCGGUCGCCCACUCCCCCUCCGCACUGCACAUCAGGAUCCUCGUAGGGCCUCAUGGGGCAGGCCAAGCCCCUCUGCUCCCAGGAGGCUCUGGCGGGGACAGGCUGUGGGAAGACCGCUGGCGUCCACUCGCUCCGUCCCGGAGGCGAGAUCUGCUGAGUUCUUAAUGUUUUUAAUGCUCUUGUUUUUGAUCUUUUUUGUAUAAAAACAGAAAGGUUUCAUGACUGUUCCAAUGGCAUUAAAGUCUGUAUUAAUAAACUCACAUAAUAAUGCUUAAAA